CCGGCACCUGACCUCACCUCCGCGUCCACCAUCCUUGUCAAAACGGACCUGAGCAGGGCAGAGCAGCUCAUGCUCUUGGAACUCCCGUCCUUGUUGAGAUCAGUGGAUGAAGAGAUAAGCCUGCUGCCUGCCUGCCACACCAUCCAUGCAGGCCGAGGACGUGAGGUCGCGGUUCGGGCGGUGCCCUUACUGCCGCGCCAUGAUCUACCAGGACCUCAGCGCCGUCAUCUUCUACUGCACCAGGUGCCGCACGCCCAUCCGAGGCAGGAACCCACAACCCGCCGACGAGACCGAGUACGCGCUCGCGCAGCUCGAGAUCCUCUCCGCCGACACCGCGUCCGUGUUCUCCGACGUCGACGCCGAACCGCCCAACCCGAGGUCGGCUUGGGCCGUCGAGGAUGACGACGGAGAACAGAGCAGGUCAGCUACCGCUACCCGGAGAAGCUCCGCGUCGUCGCCCUCGUACAGAGAGGGAGAGUUUGGUUCGGUCAGGGCAGGUCCAACAAGCAGCGGCAGCGCUCUCAACUCUGGCCUCAACCGGGACCACCGAUCGGAGGCCGCGAGAAGCGCGUCGCCGCUGCACAGUCGCGUGACCCAGCUCCGGCCGUCGUCGCGGAGGACCAGGCGAUCGAGCAGCGGCGACGUAGAUGUGCGCAGCGACGCGGGAUCGAACACCGAGUCGUACUCCGCCGCGACUGAUACAUCUUACACGCGCCGGUCGUCGCCGCUGAGCUCGCAAGAACUCCAAGCGCCGACGGCCUUGUCAGCAGCAGCAGGAUUCGAGUCAGCCGACCUUACGAGGACGCCGCUCGGUGAUCCGGCGUUCCAGAAGGACCUCCUGCAGGCGCUGGACAACCUCCGGAAGCUCAUCGCUGUCGUCGAUCAUCCGCCGCGGAGCGUCGACGUCGACGACGGGCACCUUCAAGGCGCGACGCCUCGGCUGAGCGCGUCCUGCAACAACGGGAGCAGCGGCGGCAAGCGUACGACCACAAGGCGCAGCUCCCGACUCAUGCUCCGCCUGGAGUCGCAGUCGCAGCUCACGCGGGCGUUGCCCGCCGAGCGACCGCGCCGCCGAGACGCGAACACGAGCACUUCGUCCUCCUCCUCGGCGUCGAGCAGCCGCCGGCGCGGUGGCGCCAGGGCGCGGGCCCCGCAGUGCCGCCCGGUGCUGGGCGGCACGCCGUUCGUUGUCUGCGGCGAGUGCUCGGAGAUACUGCAGCUGCCGCCCGCCCUACCCGCCGGCCGAGUAUGCAGGCUGCAGUGCGGCGGCUGCGGCGAAGCGUUCGAGAUGACGCUGCCGGCGGUCGGCUCGACGGGCCUGCCCAAGAAGAUCUUUUCCGCGCCGCAGCCUGCUGUCAGCGGCGGAGAGGAUGCCGAGGAGUAUCCGCUCGCGAGAAGCAACCUGAGCCUGAGCCUGAGCCGCGAGCAGCCACGGCCGACGAUGGAGCCGCUGCACCGCGUGCUGGGGUACAGCUCCGUUAGCUCGGUGCUACGCAGCCUGCGGUACAGCUGAGCGCGCCAUCUCCAUUUUUUUUUUCAUUCGGUAGCCGCGGAAAGAUCCAGCGACGUGGUGAUUUCUGAAUUUUUUUCAUGAACGAUUCUUCAUUCUUGUAAAUUGCAAUGAGCCUGAUUAGC